AUGGAAAUAAGCAAGGCUGAAAUAGCUCAACUCAGCAGCAAGCUAAAAACUUAUAAAAAGAAGCAAAAGUUAAGCAAUCAUGCAAAAAUCGCUUUGUUUCCGAAAGAAACAAAGACUCUUACAAAAGAAGGCUUUGUUAUCAAAGUCCUCGACGAGUCACAAAAGGCUGAAAAAUUCACAAAGACUAAAUCGAUGUCUUUUUAUGAUGAGAUGAUGAAUAGACAUACAAGAAAACCAUUCAAGAGAAAUAAAUAG